AUGGACACUAUCAGUAUUGCCAAAGAUCAUGAAGCUGUUCGUACAGUACUCGGAGAUGAGAAACUGGCAUGGUUAGGCGCGAGUUAUGGGACACAGCUGGCGACUCAGUACGCAGAACUAUACCCUGACAACAUACGAACCAUUGUCUUAGACGGCGCGGUUUCUUCAGCUGCUCCGUCGAUCGCAUCAUUCGUGGAGUCAGCAGUGUCAAUGGAUGACGCCUCUGCACAGUUCUUCGACUGGUGUGAUCUUCAAAGCCCCACAUCUUGCCCUCUAGCCGGCCAUGCACGGGCGCCCAAGGAGAUCUGGAUGGGCCUUUUGAAGGAGCUGAGAAAGUCGCCAAUGUCGACUUGUCGCGCCUGGGGAGCUCCAUGCGUCACCGACCCUUUGACCGAGAGAGCGCUUAUCGCCAUAGCAGCGGACAGCUUGUACCUGCCAAACACUGCUCGAUGGAGCUUGAUUGCUCGAGCGAUACAUGAUGCCAGCAUUCACAACGAUGCUUCUUUGCUUGCUACUUCCCGCGGAGUGCUGGGAACUUCGAACCACGCAUUCUACGCCGUCAGCUGUGCAGACAAUGACCACAACGACACCUCGUACUACGACGUCCUUUCGCGAGAAACCCUAGGCCGUUUCGAAGCGCCCCUCAUGCAGGGAUUCUCCUACGAAUGGGAGGUACAACAGGCGUGUGCCGGACUUCCGCCACCAACUCGAAACCCACCUCACGCCGUCGACAUCCCGCGGAGCAUGUCGUUCCCAACGGUUCUCAUCGUGACCACUGUUUGCGAUCCAAUGACACCGAUGUCGUGGGCAAUGGGCUUUCAUGAGGAGAUCGGGAAAGACAGGAGUGUGCUUGUGACCAGGGAUGCCACAGGGCACACGACGUAUUUUGCGCCGGAGGCGUACAAUGGCUCGACUGUUCGUGCGAUGAACGAGUACCUCUUGGCUCUGAAGGUCCCGGAACAAAGUGUGGUCUUUGAUACUUGA